AAUAAAGCCACCUACCUAUUCUGAUGAUGUCGCUUGCUUGACAACACUGCUUUCAUCCAUCAUACCGCCACCUCCUUCAGGAUGCCGCGUGCAGAAGCUGGCUCUUCAAAGGCAAUCGGAAAUGCGAUCAAAGCCAAAGGCCUAACAAAAUUACGAUUCUACUGUCAGAUAUGCGAGAAAGCAUGUAGAGAUGAAAAUGGAUACAAAUGUCAUCUCGAAUCAGAAACGCAUAUGCGUCAAAUCUCAGCACUUGGAUCGAACCCAAACAAGGUGAUUCAUAACUUCUCAAAAGAAUUCCAAGAUGGAUUUGUGAACUUGCUCAGCAGGAGAUUUGGAACUGCCAGAGUGAAUGCGAACAAGGUAUACCAAGAAUAUAUCCAAGAAAGACACCAUUUGCAUAUGAAUGCGACCAAGUGGGUCUCCUUGUCGGAAUUUGUCAAACAUCUGGGUCGUGAGGGGAUCGUAAAAGUGGAAGAGAUUACCGAUGAGGGUCAACACGGAUGGUACUUAACAUGGAAGGAUAAUUCACCCGCUGCUCUUGCACGUCAAGAUGCUCUGCAAAAGAUGGCAAGGGCAAAGGUUGACGAAGAAGGAAGAAUGCGAAAGUUCUUGAAUGGGCAAAUUGAAAGGGCGAAAGAGGAGAAUGCUACCAAAGAGACAGAAAAGGAUAUAAAGCUACAAGAAGGUUUGCAAAGGGAUGAAAGUCGUGCGCCACUGAAGAUUGGCAUUUCGCUGAGCAGCUCGAAGCCGAGUUCUGCAAGGAAUGCGACAGAUGGCGAAACAGAAGAUAAAGUCUCUCAUAAACCUCUUGCUGCUCCCUCGGCGUCCGACUCCGUACCCAAAAAGCCGCUUGCGAACCCUUUCAAGACGAUGAACAAGAUUGUACCUGCUCAAAAAGAAGCACCUAAGCUUGGCGGUGGAUUCAAGAUGUCUUCCUCCGGUAAAGCUCCCCAACAAUCAUCACGACCUACUUCCACUACUGCAGCUGAGAAGAUUAUGGCUGAAGAACAGUCAAUGCGAGAAAAGCGUAAGGCGAUGGGUCCACAACCUAGUGCAAAGAGGAUGAGAAUGUGAUUAAUGUGUAUCAUAGCAACAAUCUGUAUUAAAACCUGUAACAUUAUAAUCAAUCUGUAAUCUUGUUCUAUCAGAG